CACCGGUGUGUGUACAUAGUGCAGGAGAACAAAGCAACGGGAGGAGGGAGAUGGCAAAACCGCGGCAUCAGCGACCCACUGUGCAUCGCCCCCGUAUCUAGGACCGUUUGCUCGUUAACAGGAGUUUCUGUUAUCUACAAGAUGAGCCUGUGUGAUGUUUGUUCAGAUCUGCUUAAAGAUGUGGUAGCCUUGGUGCAAAGAGCUUCUGCUCGUAUUGUGCAGCGAAUACGUGAUUGUAUUGCGUCUUUGACCAGGUGCCCCUGUUUAAAGAAGGACAAAGGGAACCUGGGUAAGGAUCGUGAGCCUGUUCUUCAGAGGCAUGAAAGAGAAGCAGCACAGGAGUUUCUUCAGCACUUGGACACGGAAAGUGACCAGCCUCUCCUUAAUCAGCAGUGCCUCCAUGCCUUGAAGACGCUGUCCAUUUCGGAAAACCCCAAAUUACAACAAUCAGCUGCAAUUUACUACUUGCACAUUAGUCAGCAGGGGAUUACUCAAUUGCCCUCCAAAUUCUUGGAAUGUUACCACGCAUUAUUGCAGUCGCACGACUUAGAAGUACAAAAAAUCACAUCCUUGUCACUUGUUAAUCUGCUCACUGAAGAGAAAGUGACAAAGGAAACAGUAGUGCAGAUGGGGCUUCUAGAGCCCAUCUUAGAGCUGCUUGGGUCUGGAGACCAGACUGUUCAGUGCAACUCCUGUGCGUGUGUGGCUAUGUUGGCAACUUCAGCCUCUAACAGGGAAGCCAUUGUGUAUGCAGGUGGAAUUUUACCACUACUAGUUCUUUGCAAAUCUUAUGAACCACGGGUACAGCAGAAUGCCGUUGGUGCCAUACUGAAUCUCACCAGAUCCGAGACGACCCGAGAAGUCUUGUGUAAAGAAGGAGCCCUCCCGCUGCUCAUGAUUUUACUUCAGUCUCCCGAUUCUGAAAUUCAGUAUUACAGCUGUGCCGCCCUCAGCAACAUUGCCACCUGCCCUGGGCACCACAUGGCCCUGCUGCAGGUUGGGAACUGCUUUCUGCUUAAGACUUUGCUGUCCCUCAUGCUGUCCUCUGUUGAAAAGAUCUGCUGUCAGUCAUGUUGUUGCCUACAAAAUUUGUCUGUGAAUGUGCACACCCAGGAGGACAUGGUAUCCAUGGGUUGUAUUAAACAGCUGGCGGCUCAGCUCCAAAGCUCCAGUAAGGCAGUGUGGGAAUCGGCCGUCACUCUCCUCAGCUCCUUGUCACAGCAUCCCCCCAACAGGGACGAGAUUGUGAAUGAAGGAAUUCUGGAGAUACUUGGAAAAUGGCUGCUGCAAAGUGACGGGAACUGCACGAUCGUCCUCAGCCACAUCUCACUGGUCCUUAAAAACCUAAAUGACAGUAAAUAUCUUCAGGCCCUGAUUAACAGUAAGUGCGUCAACGGAAUAAUCAAGACCCUCACUUUGACUACCUGUACUGAGCAUGCGGAGGAACCCCUGCUUUCUAUGACUAAAUGUUUAAAAGAACUCAUGGAAUUUGAAAUUAUAUCAUUGCAUAUGGGAGAUUUACUGGAAAAUGAUCAGAUACAACGGCUCGUAAGUUUGGCUAUUCAACAGGAGAGUGUGGAGGUGGCCUUUCAUGCUGCGUGUAUCAUCCGCCAAAUGCAAGCACAUGGUCAAGUGAACCAGUUGCUGAAACGUCACACUGCCAACAUUUUAAGAUACCUGCUACAGUUUCUGCGGAGCCAAGAAAUUGGACUACAGCAGCUGGCAAUAAGCACUCUCUGCCAACUGAAAGAAGGCAAGUAAAGAGACAGAGGACCUGGUCCAAUAAUAAUAAU